GACUACUAUUCCAUUCUCGGGGUGAGCAAAGAUUGCACCACAAAUGACCUGAAGAAGGCGUACAGGAAGCUAGCCAUGAUGUGGCACCCGGACAAACAUAAAGAUGUCAAGUCCAAAAAGGAAGCAGAGGAAAAAUUCAAAAACAUCGCAGAGGCGUAUGAUGUCCUGUCUGAUGAAGAGAAGAGAAAAAUUUAUGAUGCCUAUGGGGAGGAGGGACUCAAGGGUUCCAUCCCCACGGGUGGGGGCACCUACGUGUAUAGCGGUGUGGACCCUUCGGAGUUGUUCAGUCGUAUUUUUGGCUCCGAUGGCCACUUUUCCUUCUCCUCCGGUUUUGACGAUGACUUUUCUCCUUUCUCCACGUUUGUGAAUAUGACGUCCCGGAAGGCGAGACCCUCCGCGUCUACAAACGUAAACAACAACAACUACAACAGCAAACCCGCCACAUUUGAAGUGCCGCUCUCACUAACCCUGGAAGAACUCUACAGCGGGUGUAAAAAAAAGCUAAAAAUAACCCGAAAAAGAUUCAUGGGUUCUAAAAGCUACGAAGAGGACAAUUUCGUAAGCAUAGAUGUAAAGGCAGGCUGGAAGGAUGGAACAAAAAUAACUUUCUAUGGAGAAGGAGACCAGCUCUCCCCAAUGAGUCAACCAGGCGACUUGGUUUUCAAAGUAAAAACAAAAACACACGACAGAUUUGUACGCGAGUCAAACAAUUUAAUAUACAAAUGCCCCGUACCACUGGAUAAAGCUUUAACUGGCUUCCAGUUCAUUGUGAAGACGUUAGAUAACAGAGACCUAAACGUACGAGUAGAUGAAAUUGUUACCCCCCAAACGAAAAAAAUUGUGUCGAAAGAAGGUAUGCCUUCUUCAAAAAUGCCCAACACCAAGGGAGAUCUUAUCGUAGAAUUUGACAUUAUAUUUCCAAAAAACUUGACUAGCGAAAAGAAGAAAAUUAUACGAGAAGCGCUAGUUAAUACAUUCUAA